AUGUCGACUAACGGGCCCGCCGGAAUUGACACGACGGACGCGAGAAAAGGCGAUGGACAAUUUGUUAUAUGUGUCAGGUCUCUAGGUUCGGUGGACGUGGAUGCCCGGCAAGCCAAGUCGCACAGUUACCGAUACAGCCUCGAUUUCCCCUCCAUAGGACAAUGCAUCAUCAUCAACAACAAGAAUUUUGACAGCAGAACAGGGAUGAAUCAGCGCAACGGCACCGACGUGGACGCGGGCAACGCCAUGCAAGUCUUCGCCAAGUUGGGUUACAAGUGUAGACUUUACAAUGAUCAGACGGUUGCCCAGAUGAAACAGGUUUUGACUGCAGUGUCCAAGGAGGAUCACGGGAGCAACGCGUCCCUGGUUUGCGUGCUGCUGAGUCACGGCGACGAAGGCGUCUUCUUCGGCACCGACGGCUCCCUGGAGCUCAAGCAGCUCACUUCGCUUUUCCGCGGGGAUCGCUGCAAGACGCUGGUGGGGAAGCCAAAACUCUUCUUCGUACAGGCGUGCAGAGGCACCGAGCUGGACGCCGGCAUCGAAGCGGACGGCGGCGAGGACGGCGUGUCCAGGAUCCCCGUCGAGGCCGACUUCCUCUACGCCUACUCCACCGCGCCGGGCUACUACUCGUGGAGGAACACCAUGACGGGCUCGUGGUUCAUCCAAUCGCUGUGCGAGAUGCUGAGCGCGCACGGUAAAACGCUGGAGCUGCUGCACAUCCUGACCCGCGUCAACUACAAAGUGGCGCUGGACUUUGAGUCCGUGUCCACGGCUCCGGGCUUCGACGCCAAGAAGCAGAUCCCCUGCGUGGUGUCCAUGCUGACCAAGGAGAUGUACUUUACGCCUUGA